CAGUCAUAUGAUUGUCACGUGACCCAUUAGCAAAUAUAUAAGAGAACUAACUAAGCAGUUGCGAAGCAAAAGUAUUUUUAGUUAACUAUGACUUUAAUUUUGAAAACAGUCAUAUCAAUUGCGCUUCUCUGCUCCAAUUGUUUCGGAGCAGAUUUUCUUAUGUUUAGAAAUGGAGACGAUUUAAAAUUGAAAGAUCAACUACCUAAUGGUGGAGAACAUUGGGCUCUUAUCGUGGCGGGUUCUAAUGGUUGGUUUAACUACAGACACCAAGCUGACGCUUGUCACGCAUAUCAAAUAUUGAAGAGCCAUGGUUUACCUGAUGAAAGAAUUGUUGUUAUGAUGUAUGAUGAUUUAGCGGAAAAUCAGGAAAAUCCAACCCCUGGAAUUGUUAUUAAUCAUCCGAAUGGUAGCGAUGUGUACCACGGUGUUCCUAAAGAUUAUACAGGGGAAACUGUUACUCCUGAAAACUUUCUCAAAGUUCUCGCUGGCGAUCUUGACGGUAUGAAAGGUAUUGGAAGUGGUAAAGUUAUUCAGAGCGGACCCAACGAUCACGUCUUUGUUAAUUUUGUUGAUCAUGGAGCUCCUGGUCUAAUAGCUUUUCCCAAUGGAGAAUUAUACGCCAGCCAACUUAUUAAAGUCUUGAAAUCAAUGUACUCAGAAAAUAAGUUUGCUCAAAUGGUCAUUUAUGUUGAAGCUUGCGAAUCUGGUUCAAUGUUUGAGAAUUUACUACCGUCCAAUAUCAAUAUAUACGCUACUACUGCAGCCAAUAGCGAAGAGAGUUCAUACGCUUGCUACUUUGACAAAGCCAGACAGACUUUCCUCGGAGAUGUUUACAGUGUCAAAUGGAUGGAAGAUUCUGACAAAGAAAAUCUUAGUACUGAAACGUUAGCCAGACAAUUUCGCUUAGUAAAAGAGGAAACGAACACCAGUCAUGUACAAGAGUUCGGUGACAUGCAAAUUGCAAACGAAGCUGUUGGUUUUUUCCAAGGAUUAACGAAUACUCAAAAGAAAAUUGUACCAAACGUUCCUUUGGAUGCUGUAAAAUCAGAAGACGUUAAAAUAGAAAUUUUGAAGAGACGUCUAGUUGCAACAAAAAAUACUCUCGAGAUUUUAAAAUUAACCGAAGAAAUUCGUGACGAAGCCAUGAGAAGGCGAAAUGUUGAAGUUAAAAUGAGGGAUAUCGUUUCCAUAACAACCGGCAGAAACGGUGGAUAUGGUAAAACACGAUUUCCACUAACAAAAUGGGAAUGUUAUGAACCAGCAGCUAAAUUUUUUGAUGCAACAUGUUUCGAUUUAUCGAAGAAUGAUUACGCAAUGAGGCAUUUAUUCAAUUUGGUUAAUGUUUGUGAGGAGAACGUUCCCCUGGAGAAGAUUAUUAAGGCUAUACGCCUAUUUUGCAAGAAAUAUCUAAUAGCCUUGACCUUACCAAAUCUCGGAUUACAAAAGAGAUUGAGCAAUAGUUCUCUUGUUUAUAUACGUAAUACUUACGAGAUCUCGUUGUUAGAUGGUUACGGGUUCUAUGCCUCGGAAUCUUCAAGACUGACUGCUGCAAAGAGAUUUAUAAAUUUCAUUAAUAAUUCUCCAUCUCCUUAUCAUGGUAAGAAAGUCGCAAUUACAGCUGUUCAUGAAAGUGCUUCCAUGCUGGAAGCAGCAGGAUUUAAGGAAUUGAAAGAAAGCGAAAAAUGGGAUAUAAAGCCACUUGAUAAGUACUAUAUGACGAAGAACAAGUCAACUUUAAUAGCAUUUGCAGUGGGCGGAAAUUAUAAACCUGGUAAUGGUUUCUCAAUCAUUGGAGCUCAUACUGAUAGUCCUUGUCUUAGAGUAAAACCAGUAUCUAAGAAAGUAAAGAGUGGAUUCGUUCAAGUUGGCGUUGAAUGUUAUGGAGGUGGAACCUGGCACACAUGGUUUGAUAGAGAUUUAACUAUUGCCGGCAGAGUUUUGGUUAAAAACAACGACAAUAUAGUACAAAAACUUAUACACGUUAAGAGACCUAUCUUGAGAGUACCAAAUUUGGCUAUUCACCUUAAUCGAGAAAUGGGUACAAAGUUACCAGUAUUGGCAACUAGCAUUGAAGAAGAAUUGCAAAAGGGUGUUAAAUCUUCUGGCGCCGAGUCAUCCGGACAACUAUCAGCACAAGAAAAGCAUCAACCUCUUCUUAUUGAACUGAUUUGUAAAGAAUUAGGAAUUCGACCAGAACAGAUUGUAGAUUUUGAGUUAUGCUUGGCCGACACCCAACCAGCUGCAAUUGGUGGUAUCCUCGAAGAAUUUAUAUUCUCUCCAAGGCUUGAUAAUCUCCAUUCAAGCUAUUGUGCAAUUCAAGGAUUGAUAAAUUCCCUUGGGCACGAUUCCUUGAAAUCUGAUUCACGUAUAAGAAUGGUAAGCCUUUUCGAUAACGAAGAAGUCGGAUCACAAAGUGCCCAGGGUGCUAUGUCAACAAUUCAAGAGUUGAUUCUACGAAGACUAUCUUCAGGUGCAAAUCCUGUAGCUUUUGAAGAAUCCAUAUCUAAAUCGUUGAUGAUUUCCUCGGAUAUGGCUCAUGCCGUGCACCCAAACUAUCCCGACAAGCAUGAAGAUCAACAUAAACCAAGUUUGCAUAAGGGAAUUGUGAUAAAAACCAACCAAAACCAACGCUACGCAACUACUUUAGUAACAGCCGGUAUAUUGAGGGAAAUUGCUCAAAUUGCUCAAGUUCCCCUUCAAGAUUUCGUUGUCCGAAACGAUUCGUUAUGCGGAAGUACCAUUGGGCCUAUAAUGUCAGCAAAAUUAGGAAUGGCAACAAUCGAUAUUGGAGCUCCUCAAUUGUCGAUGCAUUCGAUCAGAGAAAUGUGCGAUGUUUCAUCUAUUAAACAGGGUUGUGACCUAUUUAAAACUUUUUACGAAAAUUUUGGUAAAGUAUACGAAAAGUUUCAAAUAGCUUAG